AUGAAUAAGGGGUGGCUUGAGCUGGAGAGUGAUCCAGGGUUGUUUACUCUUCUUGUGGAGGAUUUUGGUAUCAAGGGAGUACAAGUAGAAGAAAUAUACGACCUUCAGAGCAAAUGUCAAAGCCCUGUAUAUGGAUUCAUCUUUUUGUUCAAAUGGAUUGAGGAACGGCGUUCACGAAGAAAAGUAAACACUUUGGUUGAUGAGACCUCUGUUAUCGAUGAAGACAUUGUAAAUGAUAUGUUCUUUGCUCAUCAGCUUAUCCCUAACUCAUGUGCCACCCAUGCUUUAUUGAGUGUGCUUCUUAACUGCAGUGGGGUUGAGCUUGGCACAACUUUAAGUCGUAUAAAAGCUUUCACCAAAGGCUUCAGCCCAGAGAGCAAAGGAUAUGCAAUCGGAAAUGCUCCAGAGCUUGCUCGAGCACACAACAGCCAUGCAAGACCAGAGCCAAGGCAUCUGCCCGAGAAACAAAAUGGUAUCAGUACAGUGCGGACCAUGGAAGCCUUCCACUUUGUCAGCUAUGUGCCCAUAAAAGACCGCCUUUUUGAGCUGGAUGGGCUCAAGGCAUACCCUAUUGAUCAUGGUCCCUGGGGGGAAGAUGAGGAGUGGACUGACAAAGCACGACGGGUUAUCAUGGAGAGGAUUGGAUUGGCCACUGCAGGUGAACCAUAUCAUGAUAUUCGCUUCAACCUAAUGGCAGUAGUGCCUGACCGCAGGAUAAAAUACGAGUCCAAACUUGAAAUUCUUAAAAGAAAUCGACAAACUGUUCUGGAGGGUUUGCAAAAGAUGAUCCAACUAACACAAACUGAAGCUGCUCAAGAAAAGAAACGGCAAGACGCUGCUUCUCCUGAGGAAGUUACUGGGACUAUCAAGAAAGAGGUUGAAGUUGAACAAACUGCCUCCCAAGCUGGUGGUCCAAUAUCAGACUCAAUAGAACAAGCCAAAGCCCCCAGUCCUUCAAGUAGUUCUAAAGUCAUGGCCAAACCCACCGCCCCCGUAGGAAGAGUGACCAGUCCAUGCCCCAUUGUACAACGCCUGCCAGCUUUCCUAGACAAUCACAACUAUGCCAAGUCUCCAAUGCAGGAGGAGGAGGAUCUGGCUGCUGGAGUUGGUCGUAAUCGAGUUUCUGGAACUCCACAGCCCUCGUAUUCUGGUGAUGAAGAUGACUAUGAAGAUGAAGAAGAACCAGUUCCAGGUUCUACUAGCACACCCAAUAGUAGGUUUAGAAGGAAGCAGAGCCUCCGGUCAAGAACUGGAAGAGUUACGACUGGAAUGGAGAGCCAACUUGCCCUGAGUGUCUUGGCUGAAAAACUAAAGAAAGAAGCCCAGAGGAAAGAUGCUUUAAAUGCACCCCUUUCAGUUCGCACAGAAGGCCGUACUGGGGGCGUCUCCAUCACAUCUGCUUCUCAGCCUUCCCCAACACCAAGCAACGAAAGUACUGACACUGCCUCUGAGAUUGGAAGCGCUUUUAACUCCCCUCUGCGCUCACCUGCUCGCUCCCAAGCUGCCACACGUCCCUCCAGUCCGGUUGCAUCCCAUUUGUCACGAGUGCUUUUUGGAGAAGAUGAGCUCUUGAGGCUAGACUCCAGACAUAAUCGUGCCGUGCGAGACCUAGGUCCUUCUAUCAGCAUAGCCUUGUUGCAACUUCAGGAGGAUGGAGUCAUGUUCUCUCUCCUGCCAUCUGGAGAUAUUGUUGCAGAUGGUACUAAGCAGCUAUGCACUCCUAAGAAGUUAAAAGAUGAUGAACAGAUAGUCAUUAUUGAUGUGGAAAAGAAGGAAGACAUUGCUCCAGAUGAGGGUCCUUCUGUGGAGGUGAAGGAAGAGGUUGUGAAAGAGGAGAGCGAAGAGAAACCAUGCCAGGAAAACCUAAAUGAGAUCAUAGCAGACACUAAAUCCCCUGGAGAUAAAUAUUCACCCAAAGAGCUGCUUGCACUGCUUAAGUGUGUCGAGGCUGACAUAGCUAAUUAUGAGGUGUACCUGAAGGAGGAAGUUGAAAAACGAAAGAAAUACAAAAUUGAUGACCAGAGGAGAACUCAUAAUUAUGAUGAAUUUAUCUGCACCUUUAUAUCAAUGCUAGCCCAAGAAGGAAUGUUGGCUAGCCUUGUGGAGCAGAAUAUCUCUGUGCGUCGUCGUCAAGCCACCGCUCAACCAUCUCCGACACCAUCUCUCUGCGUCGAGGAGCGUCCCGACACGAUGGGGAACGAGGCGAGCAUGGAGGGGGAGGCUCAAGCGGGGCAGGCCGGUGGCGCGGUGCCUUCUCCGGGGGCUCCGGCUUCCAUUUCAGCACCAGCGGACUGUGGACAGCUCACCAAGCCCAGUAACGGAGCGCCAGCUGGAGGAAGUGGGGCUGCAACCGGCCCGGGGAUUAACAGAGCUCCACCGUCUGAUCCUGGGCAGAAAACUGUUGUCCAAACUGAACACCAGGGGACAGGAGACAGACUGGCCUCACAUGGGACAGACCAGAAGUCCCGGAUGACACUGCAGGUGGACUCCACCGGCAGCAGGACGGGGAGAUCUCCCUCGGUGUCUCCUGAUCGCAGCGCCCCCUCCUCCCCCUACUCUGUUCCUCAAAUUGCUCCCAUGCCCAGCAGCAAACUGUGCCCUGUUUGCAAAACCACAGAUCUAAUGGGCAAUGGGGACAACAAGCCCAGCGCCAACACCUGCACCCAGUGUCGCUCCCUGGUGUGCAGCCAGUGUGGCUUCAACCCCAACCCACACCUGACAGAGGUGCAGGAGUGGCUGUGUCUAAACUGUCAGAUGCAGCGAGCCAUGGGGAUGGACAUGAACACACCGCGCUCCAAGAGUCAGCAGUCGCUCCACUCCCCGUCAGCAGCCAAAUCAGACGUUCCUCCACAUCCUUCGCCCCAGUCGCGACAGCCUUCCCAAACACAACCUGGACCCAAACCUCAGCAACCCCAACCACAGCACCAGCAGCAAACAAGGCCCUCUGCUGCUAUGGCCAAGGCUCCCUCUCAACCAGACCUUUCUCGGGCCUCGCCGGCCCAUCAACCACAACCCCCCAGACAGGACCACACCCGGAGUGCAGGGAGCUCACCAUCGCGGCAACCCCCUCCUCCAGAGCAGACUUUUGGGAAGUUGUUCGGCUUCGGUGCAUCUCUGUUAAACCAAGCCAGCACUCUCAUAUCAGAAACCAUUGAAACAAUUGAACCCCAACAGCAGCAAUCCCCCAAACCCAGCCCCAAACCCAGCCCAAGCACUGGGUCGUUGGCUGGGAAAGCGCCAGGACCUCAACAACCCAGGGGUCCCCAACAGCAGCCGCAACAACAGCCGCAACAGCUCCCUCCACAGCCUGAGCCUAAAGCCAAAGUGUGUUGUCCUCUGUGUAAGACCACGCUGAAUGUGGGAUGCAGUUCUGAGGCGCCCAACUACAACAUAUGCACACAGUGUAACGCUCAAGUGUGCAACAUGUGCGGUUUCAACCCCACCCCUCACAUCGUCGAGAACAAAGAAUGGCUGUGCUUGAACUGCCAGACGCAGAGGGCCCUCUCAGGAAGUUUGGGAGAUCUUCCAACAUCUGUUCCUCAGCCGAUGGGGUCGCCCCGACAUCCUACACCAGCCAUUCAACAUCCACCUGCUCAUCAAAUCCCCAAUCAGGCCACAGGGCUUAGGCCCACAGGUCCUCACCAACAGAAAGCUCCGGGUCACCAAGGCCAGGAUAAACCUGCAAAGACCAGCUCUAAACCUGCAAAAGAAGAUGUCAAGACUCCACCAAAAAAGACACCGGCAGAGCCUGACACUUCACGUAAAGACGCUAAGAUUGACGAGGAUUCACAGAUGUCAAGACACCAAGACUACACCAAAUCAAGUACGCAGAGUUUGAGUGACACUGGAUACUCAUCAGAUGGCAUCUCUGGUUCCUUGGGAGAAAUCACGGGCCAGAUCCAGGAGGAAAGCAUUAAACUCAACGCCUCAGUUCCCUCAGAUAUCACAAAACUGGAGAGUUCUAUGAAACCUCUGCUGGAGCCAGAGUUAAAGAACAGGCCCCACUCACUGUCUGUGGGAGACUACAGUCCAGAAGAUGAUGCAGCAAGAGAUGAAUCAGAAGAUGACUUAAGCUGCAAACUUCGACAUGAUUAUGUGGAAGACAGCAGUGAAAGUGGUCUCUCGCCAUUACCAGUCAGACAGAAGAAGUCACACAAGGACCAAACAGAUGAAGAAUAUAUGAGGAGGCAAAUCAUGGAGAUGAGUGCUGAUGAAGAGGAAACAGAUGAAUAUGGAGUACAGAAAACCAAAAGAAUCCACAAAAGCAGUGCUGAUCAGGGUAAAGAAAGACGAAAGUUAUCACACCAGUCAAAUAGCUUUGAAGAUGACCCCAAGGCAGCAGAAGCUAGAACAGAAGAAGAUGGUUUAAUGGCUCAAGGUGGGCUCAGACGAUUUAAGACUAUUGAGCUCAAUAAUACAAACAGCUACAAUAGAGAUAUAGAGCUUAGCACAGAGCAUGACUUAAGGGAACCGGAGCUUGAAAUGGAAAGUUUGACUGGUUCGCCAGAAGAAAGGUCCAAGGGGGACUAUUCAUCCACUCUGCCGGCUACUACACCCAGCUACAACUCUGGGACCUCCCCCACAUCUGUAUCAUCGAUGGAAGAUGACAGUGACAGCAGUCCCAGUCGCAGAGCAAGAUUAGAAGAAGCGAAGCAGCAGAGAAAGGCAAGACACCGCUCCCAUGGGCCAUUGCUCCCCACAAUUGAAGACUCGUCGGAAGAAGAUGAGCUUCGAGAGGAGGAGGAGCUUCUCAGGGAACAAGAACAAAUGAGAGACUUAGAACAACAAAGAAUCAGAAGUACAGCUCGGAAAGCCAAACGAGACAAGGAGGAGCUUAGGGCACAGAGACGCCGGGAAAGAUCUAAAACUCCUCCAAGUAAUCUUUCUCCAAUUGAGGAUGCAUCCCCAACAGAGGAGCUCCGACAAGCUGCUGAGAUGGAAGAACUUCACAGAUCCUCAUGUUCUGAAUAUUCCCCUUCAAUGGACUCUGAGGCUGAGGGGUUCGAGGUCCUAGUCCUCCUAUUUCCCCCACUACCUCCCCUGCCCAAAGCCCAACACAUGUACCAUCUUCCCGGCCUUCGAGUGGUAGACAAUUGCCCUCAGUGCCAGGAGGCCCUUCAGCUGCUGCAACACAAUCACCUCAAAGAGCAAUGCCACCCAGGCUUUCCCGCCAACAGUCCUCUCAAGAGACACCGGUAA